AUGGACCAACACAAGCACCGUGACACUGUGCCAACUGGCACCGAGAGGAUUGAGAAACAACUAAGUUAGUUUUGGUAACACUGUCUUCUAGUCUACCUGUAUAAAAGGCCAGACAGCUUUUCUAGCACCGGGGGCUUCCGCCCUUGGAACAGCUGUCUGAAGCUAGCCUUUUAUACACCCCCUAUGUAUCCAUUCAUAUAGCCUUUAUAACAGCUACAUAAGACAUUAUGAUAUCCAUCAUAGGUCUGGUUCAUAUGUUGCUGUUCCUAUAACAUUGUGUAAACGUUGUCCCCUACGGAAACAGCUGGGGUCCACUCUAGUGAAGUCUCAGCAGAGGAUUGAUCAGUGAGUGAAGAAGUGGACAGACCUUCGCCAGGCUGUGGAGUCAGUCAAGGUAGGAUUGUAAAAAUUCAAGACCCCAAAAAAAUAACUAAGACUUCCAGAAAUAUGAGUCAUUUUAACCUUUUUUAAAAUUCAAAUAACAGUGUCCAUUUACAUUUGUGCCCUGUCUCCUGUAACAGCAAACACUUACGUUCAUUUGGAGGAUGGAAAUUAAUGUAACACAACUUCCCUGUUGCAUGCUCACAUUGGCAUGAUGGAUGAAACUGGCAUUGAAACCAGUGUGUCAGAGAUAUUCUGUGUAUCUGCAGAACAGGUUAGGUGAAUACCAUUCAAUAGUUCAAUCGAGCACAGGCUUAACUAAAUUAACAACAAAGACGGAAUGCAAUAUGACAUUUUAUUAAAUAGUUUGGAGAAUGGCCUCGUCUGAUGAUGCCCAGAUGAUGUGAUGACAGGUAGCCCUAUGUGGGGCUGCUGGCAUCAAAACCCCCAAGCUGGGUGAAAGGAGUUCCAAUGACGGGCCUUAAGGUUAUUUUAGCUGGUGGUGGUGGGAAAGUGGAUGGUUGUCAAAAACUGUUGCUGAAAAACAGCAAGUGAGAGAAAAUGGGUAAGUUGACAUAUAAAUACAUCCCAUUCGUUGAGAGAGAAGAAGGUGAUAAUUGCAAGAGUGAGCCCAUAGGUUGAACAGCAAGCAUGAGGAAUGUGCAUUAUAGUGCCAUGCUUAUAGUAGCCAGGACAAACAUAUUUUCACAAUUUCACUAAUACCAUCAACAUCAAUAAAUCCUAGCACAUUGUUGGUCUCAUUCAGUAGUUUUUACCUGAUAAAGUAGAAUGUAUAUUCCUAAAACAUACAUUGAAAAUGAUACUGUUGCUGCUUCCUGUUGUCGUGUCUUUUUGAUGUAUGGCCUAGUGUCAAAAGACCGGUUUUAGAUGUCCAAAUUCAUAAUCAAUAUGCUGAAAUAAAUUGUGAUAUUUUGAAGACCAAUACAUAAAAGUUACUCCCUACACACACGUCACACGUGUUCAGAUUACUUGUAUUUUGCUAAAUGAGUACCUUCUAAACUGGCCAUGCACCAAUAUUGACCAAGCGGUCACUGUUCUACUGUAAUUAUUAGAAUCACAAAUGAAUCACUCACAUCAAUAUUGUAUUGAAAUCAAUGGAAGUGGGACAAUAACCGCGGCGACAUGUACCCUUUGCGCUCUUCUAACAGACAAACAAACCUACAUGUCUGUCGAUAGAUGACCACCUGUCGUUGCCAUUUAUCAAUUUAUAUCUCUGUGAGAAAAUGAUUUCGGUAGAUGGCCAAUACGGAAAAGGAAACAAAACACUUUUUUUGAGUCGAUAAUAUCAACGAAUCACCACCUCACAUCGAUUUGUAACUAGCGACAGGGGAUGGCUUUCAUUUUAAUGAUAGCAUAACCCUCAAAUCCAUGAAUUCAUGUGAAGCCAGAUACUUUUAUGGGCAGAGCGGCCGAAUUUCUUCUACCCACAGUGUUUUCAACAUGACAGCUACGUUCUUUAGUCCCACUACGGACUGGCGCGUAUGUCAAAAGCACUGGUAAUAAACCAAAGUUAAUGAUAUGUUUUAAACAAUUGAUUUUGGGAGAUUGUGAUGACUAUAAUCUUUAAUACUAACAUCACCAAUCUGAGGUAAAAACGAUGAGUAUUUCCUGUAAUUCACGUGUGGUGAAUUCCACCAUAGGGAAGUUAGCGUAAUAUAACAUAAUUCAAUAUGCCAAAGUAAUUCAAUAUUUUUUCUAUAUGAUGAUAAUAAACGUAGCGCACACACAUUUUUUACAACAAUGACAUCUAUUUCUUCCUAUUUUAACCAUGGAGAGAUAUGUUAAAUGCUCGUAAAUACAAUGUAACCAGGAACUCUAGACUACAGCCCGUGUGGCUCAGUUAGUAGACCAUGGCACUGGUUCGAUUCCCACGGGUGACCAGUAUGGGGAAAAAAGUAUGAAGACGUAUGCACACAAAUGUAUCAUUUAUAAAGGUGAAUGACAUUCUGCACACGAGGAGGAGAAGAAACAAGAAGCUAUGAUGAUGCGUUUGUGUUCAUUCCCACUAUGUCCUUAGAAUAGGAAGUGAAUGAUGUUAUGCUUACUGGAUGAAGUUAAACGAGCCUUCCUGAUUGAUCUUUCAUAAACUACAUCACUAGAUCAUCUGCCUCUGAAGCUAAGCAGGGUUGGUCCCUGGAUGGGAGACCAGAUGCUGCUGGAAGUGGUGUUGGAGGGCCAGUAGGAGGUGCUCUUUCCUCUGGUCUGAAAAAAGAUCCCAUUGCCUUGUGUAGGGUGCCGUCUUUUGGAUGGGACGUUAAACGGGUGUCCUGACUCGGUGGUCACUAAAGAUGGCACUUAUUGUAAGAGUAGGGAUAUUAACCCCGGUGUCCUGGCUAAAUUCCCAAUAUGGCCCUCAUAGCAUCAUGGACACCUAAUCAUCCCCAGCUUCCAAUUGGCUCAUUCAUCCCUCCUCUUCCUGUAACUAUUCCCCAGAUCGUUGCUGUAAAUGAGAACGUGUUCUCAAUCAAUUUACCUGGUAAAACAAAAUAAAAUAAAAAAUGAACACAUAAAGGUGUUGCUCCUCCCAGUGGUGGAAAAGCACAGAACAUUUAUGAUUAAACAAACAGUGACGCAACAUUGACAAUUAAUCAUGUGUCACAAUAAGAGAGAACUGCAACUGGAACUUCAAAUGUAUUACAGUCGUUAUUCCUAUAGGCAACUAUAAGGAAACAACAGCAUAAUUACACUGCAUAUUACACUGGUAGUUCCUCUGAUGUAGGGCCUUGUUUGGUCUAUCUGGUUGAAACCUCCUGGCGUGAAGGUUAAGUAUUGGAUUGACAGUCUCAGGGUCCUGUGUUCAUGUCCUGGUUGGGGCUACCCCCACUGAAUAUGCCACAGUAUUAAACUGUUUGGUCUUUCUACUCUAAAGCUUUUAUCCCUCUGUUCAGACCUGGUCCAGCCGACCCUGGAUGUCAACAGUGCCCACCCCAACCUGUACCUAUCCGAUGGCAACACUGUAGCCAAGACGAUGAGCGAACCCAAUAACUACCCAGAUCAUCCAGACAGGUUCGACCACUGGCAGCAGGUGAGAGGAACACUGUUUAUAUCCAAAACGUUCUAUCCACAGCAGUAUAUGUGGCGAGCUGAAUUUGACCAAACGACUCUUGUAGGCUCAGGUGUGAUGACGUCACAUGCCAGACUAGGAAAGGACGGGGGUUUCUCAAUAGUUUCAGAUAAUAUUUUCAAAGCACUCAUAGUGCUUUACGAUGUAUGGUGGGUGGGUGGGCGGAUGGUCAGACUCGUAUCCAAUUAACGCAACUAAUUCAAUUAAAUUAAAAUCUAUUCAAUCCCAGCCGCUGUGUGAGGAGGGUCUGUCAAGAAGUCACUACUACUGGGAGGUGUACUAGAGAGGAACGGAGACCGACAUCGCCGUCCCCUACCAGAGCAUCAACCGCAAAGGCAACAGCAACGAAUGCAGCCUGGAGCCUGUACUGUUCUGAGGACAAACACUCCUUCGUGCACAAGAACCAAAGCACAGAUAUAGCCAAGCCCAGGACGUCAAGGGGAGGAGUGUAUGUGGACCAGAUAAAUGGGGCUCUGGCAUUUUACAGUGUAUCUGUUGCUUGA